CAGUGCACAGAAUAGAUUAAAUCAUGAAUUUAUCUAUUCUGUGGUCAGUGUAAUCUAAAUAUUAGAUAUCAUAUAGUUUAUCUUUAUGUUUAUUUUAUUUUCGUAGAGUGUUGUUGUCGCCUCGUUACAUCGUAGCGUUGCAAUAGCAUAGCAAUAUAGUAUUAUUAUUCUGCGGUGAUUACCACAGAGGCAAAAAAGUCCAUGGACAAAUAAGUUGCUCAAUACUAAAUUGUGCAUUUCAAAAAUAUUUUAAUUCGCUCUUGAUUAAACCGUUUAAAUAUUCAUUAGUACGCUACUGCGCGUUGUAAAUCAAUCAAUAAUGGAUAAAAAACGAAAAUGCUUUAAAAAAGGAGACACAAUUUUAAUUGAUAAACCAUUUGUCCACGCUCUGAGAUCUACUUUUAAAAAUGAAAAAUGCGAUAACUGUUAUUCUGAAGCUAGUUUAUCCAGAUGUUCGGGCUGUCAGUAUGUUCUCUACUGUAGUCGUGCUUGUCAGAAGGUAUCGUGGAGGGAACAUAAACAAGAAUGUGCUAGAAUGAAAAAAAUUUAUUCUAAAGUUUUACCAGAUGCAGCAAGAAUUAUGUCAAAAAUAUUAAUUAAACUUAAGAAUGGAGGGAUUUCAGAAAAAAGUUAUUAUACAUCUAAUCGCUACAGAACGUUCAAGGAUCUUAUGUCGCACUAUCCUAGCCUUAAAGAAGAUAGUCGUAGAUUAGAACAUUUUUCUACUCUCUAUGAAGUCUUAAAAGAGUACAUGGGUGAAACAAACCUUCCUAAUGCCAUAGAAUUACUUGGAAUCUAUGGUCGGAUGUGCAUAAAUGCCUUUAAUAUAUUAGAUGAUAAUUUAAAUACUAUUGGAUCCGGCAUAUAUUUAGCAGCAUCAGUAUUAAAUCAUUCAUGUGUCCCUAAUGCGACUGCAACAUUUGAUGGUGUUGAAUUAAGAAUUGGUGCUAUUAUGGACAUUGAUCAUACUGAUCCAGAAUUGUAUGUGUUUAUAUCAUAUUUGGAACUCAUGCAAACUACUAAAGAACGGCAAAGUGAAUUACAAAAGAAUUAUUAUUUUUUGUGUGAAUGCAAGCGUUGUACGAUAAAUUAUGAACAAUAUUUUAUAAAUUCUAUGAUAUGCACUAAUGCGAAAUGUCAGAGUGCAAUUCCUAUUAAAAACCAACAGGCAGAGGUCUCAGAUACGGUUAAUUGUUUAAAAUGUUUAGAAAAAAUCAGUGAAGAUAAAGUUAAAAUGUUUUUUGAUGUGACCGAUUUUACAGAAUUUCAUUUAAAUAAAAUGAAAGAUAUUGGUUAUCUUGAUGUUUGUAAAAUGUGUCUAGAAAAGCAAAAUGGAAUUUUUCAUCCCAAAAAUAUUAAUCAUAUUAAGAUAUUGGAUUUAGCUUUUGAAAGUGCUAUAAAAAUGGAACAAUGGAAAGAGAGUUUGAAGUAUGGAAUUCUUUUAAUUGAUGGAUAUAGGGUUUAUUAUGGUGAAUGUCAUCCAUCUUUAGGUAUCUUAUACAUGAAAUUAUUUAAAAUAUGUUCUAUUGUUGAAAAUUCUGAAACGGCGGUAAAAUAUUUAAAAAAAGGAAUGUCUAUACUAAAAAUAACUCAUGGAGAAGAUCAUAGCUUAUACAAAAAUGAAGUUAUUCCAUUUUAUAAAGAAUUAAUACAAUAUUUUUAAGUAUUUACCUUGAAGAUAAUGUUAAAGUUUUCGUACUUGAUUUUAUACAACUAAUGUUAGUAAUAUUUAUAUAUAUAUAUAUAUUAUGUAUGUAUUUACCGUGUUCGUCAUAAAGAAUAUUUACCAUGUUAAUAGGAAUUCAUUCU